AGCUCAUCCAGGUGUAGGCACCUGAUCCGUGGACACCCAGCUACAUUCAGAUAACCGUUCCUGAGCAGUCUGUUCAUAAAUCUGCACUUGAACUGCUCAGUGAUGGCACUGAGAAGGCCUUUCCCAGGGGGACUGCAUGCUCUCCUUUUGUGUCCAUCUAACUUCUCCAAUUCCCUUUGCUCUCAUCUGCUGAGUGAAGCUCUCAGCGUGGCAGCAGGCUCCAAACAACAGCACUGCAUGAAACAACUUGCAUGUAAACCCCCCCCCCCAAACUAUCCAGCUUUGUGGGAAGGCCACACACAACGCCUGAGCAGUCCCAAAGGUGCCCAUUCCCCAGGGCUCACCUCACACUGCUCCUCUUUUGCUGUGUAAAGGCAGCCCCCUGGGCAGACCUCUGGGGCAAUAGCCGUGCUUGUUUAAAACUUUCUUGCCGUGCUAGAUCACAUGUAAGCCUGUUGCACAUCAUAAAUUUUAAGUGCUAAUUAUUACAUAAAUGUCUUAUUAGCACUAGAGUUGUUCUGGUGUUUUCCAAAUGCUGAAAGCAAUAGAGAGCUCAUGGUUCACAGGAUGGGGAGUGCGUGGCCAUCCGCUGGUGGAGGCAUGGGGAGGCAGAGAUGGAGCCUGCAAGGGUCAUGUUGCCAGCUUGGUCCCAACAGACAGGCUCUGUCUGGCUCCUGUUUGUGUAGGUGGUUCCUGAGCAACUCCAAGGGCAGAGAUUCAAUAGCAGUUUUGGCCGCUGACCCACCAAUUAGGCCAAGCCUUGUAGGCCACUUCCUUGUCCCCAGACAGUCCAUCUGGAUGGCAGAGCACCAGCCCUGUAGCCACAGCGUGCUGAACUUGCACGGUCAAGGCAGAGACGCACCACAGCAGGGGGCUGUGCAAAUCUGGCCCCACAUUUCCUCCACGUAUGCAGUGCCCUGUUCUUCCCAUGUCAUCUCUGUGCUGGGCAGGACAGUGGCAACUCGGUGCCUGGAUCCCUCCAAAGCAGCCUUUACCCUCUCCUCUGUCAGAGACCACACAGAGACUAUUGCAGGGAGUGUAACAGCCCCACUGCCAUAUCCAUCCUGCUUCCUCACUGGCCAUUGUCUUUCUUCUGCAAGGUGGACCCAGAGCCCUUCAACAUUUUUGGGGGGCUCAAACCAGCCAAGGUGGAACUCUCCUGAACCUCAGCGUGAGUGACCACAGCCGGUCAGGCUCCCUCCUUCUGUCCUGGGAUGAGCCAGAGGGGGGUGCCGAGGGAUAUUUGCUCGCCCUCUCCUCCCUGGGAUCAGGCACGCUGCUGCAGAAUGGAUCGGCUGGACCCAACAUCACCAGCUUCUGGUUCCACGGGCUGACCCCUGGCAUGUGCUACAAGAUUGAGGUGACAGCCAUGUUUGCCUGCAUGGAGACCACCAGCCAGACAGUCACAGCACAGACAAGUCCUUCACCUGUCCACAACCUGAGCCUGAGCAGCAGCGGGAGCUCCGAGGUGCUCCGUGCCUCCUGGGCACAUGCCCGCGGGCAGCGAGAUGGCUACCACCUUGCCCUCUACCACAGCGACUCCCAGGCGCUUGUGAGAAAUGUGUCCAUCCUGCCAAACACUUCCAUGUUCCUGUUUGACGGGUUGCUGGCUGGCAGCGAGUAUGCCUUGAAGGUCAGCACGCUGGCUGGAUCCAGCCAGGCGAGCACCAGUAUCCACCAGUGGACAGCUCCCUCCAUCCCCACCCAGCUGAGGCUCAGCCCGGGCUCCAGCACCAGCCUCGUCGCCUCCUGGGCAGGUGCUGCGGGAGCCGCCUGGCUGCACCUUGUGCUCCGCAACCUCCUCACCCAGACGGUGACCACAACCCUGUCAGCCAGGAGGGGCCUCACCAGCUACACCUUCCAGCAUCUCCACCCCGGCACCCCGUACUGGCUGGGGCUGAGUGUCACGGCUGGGUCCUACACUGUGGUGGGGCCCAAUGCCACCGCUUGGACAUACCCCCUGAGCCCUGGCAAUGUGACCCUAAGCAGUGCAGAGGAGCAGAGCUCCUUGCAGGCUCACUGGAGCACCCCAGCAGGAGGGAGGGACUUCUACCUGGUGACGCUGCAGGAGGGAGAGGAUGGUGCUCCAACGAGGAACAUCUCUGUCAGCGGCGACAAUGGUCAUGUCACCUUCCACGGGCUGAGCCCCGGAAAGCAAUACUCUGUCCAGGUGAUGGCGGUGGCUGGGCCUUACCGGGCAUCAGCCCGCAGCACAACAGCCUGGACACAGCCACUAGCACCAUCUGGUGUGAGUCUGUCCAGCCAGGGGAGCUCCUCCAGCCUACUGGCCAGCUGGGAGGAGGCAACGGGAGAGGGCUACAUGCUGGCACUCAGCCCGGUGGAGCACACCAUGAGGAACAGCUCGCUGCUCAAAGGUGUCAUGAACUUCACCUACGAGGGCCUCCGCCCUGGGACCCUCUAUGCCUUCGAGGUCAGCACCGUGGCUGGCCCCUACACAUCCUCACCCCGGCGCAUCACCAACUGGACAUAUCCUUUGCCUCCAGAGCAGCUGACCCUCAGCAACCAGGGCCGCAGCACCUCUCUGCAAGCCUCCUGGAAAGCAGCUCCUUCUGGCAGCACCGGCUACACAGGCACCCUCUGGGAAACCAGGUCCCGUGAGUGGGUCAGGAACUUGACCGUGGUGAACAACUGGACGAAUGUCACCUUUGAGGGCCUGGUCCCUGGGCGUCAGUAUACACUGGAGAUGGCUGCUAUGGCUGGACCUUACAGAUCCCCUGUGCGAUCAGCCACAGACUGGACAUACCCCCUGGCUCCGGCCGGCGUGACCCUGACCAACACCCGACGCCCACUGGGACUCUCUGCCUUCUGGGACAAGGGUGCUGGCGAUGUGGACCAGUUCCACCUCCAGCUCUACAGCAAGAGCCAUCCAGUGCAGAGGAACAUCUCAGUGGGGCCAAACACCAACAACUUCACAUUCCUGGGGCUGUCCCCUGGCAUUCAGUACUUCCUGAAGGUGACCGUCCUUGCUGGCCCGUACAGAUCCUCGUCACACUUUGCCACUGAGUGGACAUAUCCACUGUCUCCGGCUAACGUGAGUGUACAGCCUGGCCAGAGACCCCAGGACCUACAUGUCAGCUGGGUGGAGUCAGGCGGUGGCAGAGAGCACUUGGUACAGCUCUCGGUGGCUGAGUCCCUGUCCAUCAUCAGGAAUGUGUCUGUCCCCCGUGGAGUCACCCAGCUUGACCUGGAGGGGCUAGUGCCAGGCUCCCGGUACCGCAUGGAGAUCAUUACUCAGGCUGGGCCUCAUCGCACCUCCUCUCAGACUGCCAUCGCCUACACUGUCCCACUACCUCCUCUUUCCCUGUUGGCAAGCCCUGUCAGCACUGCCUGGGCUCUGGCUGUGCACUGGGAGACCCCUCCAGGGCAGAGAGAUGGGUACCUGCUCAGCAUGCAUGAGGAGGGCUCUUCUGCACCAGCAAGGAAGCUGGAAGCAGGGAAGGACAGCACCAAUGUCACCCUGGCACAGCUGGAACCGGGAACUUGCUACCUUAUUGGUAUCUGGUCAGUAGCUGGACCCUACCGUUCCCUCCCCAGGAGCGUCACUGGCUGCACAGUUCCUGCUGCACCAACAAACCUGAGCCUUACCAACCCAGGCAGCUCCUCAGAGCUUUACAUGUGCUGGAACAAGCCCCCUGGCAGGAGGGACCACUACCGCGUUGUUCUGUAUAGCCUCAGCCCUCAGAGCAAGAAUCGAGUCCAGACCUUGAGUCCAGAUGCCCAAAACGUCACCUGGAUGCACUUGGAGGCAGGCAGCAGGUUUGCUGUGCAGGUGACUGCUGUGAAAGGCUCGCUUGAAGCUUCCUCCACCAACGUCACCCAAUGGACAUACCCCUUGGCCCCUGACAACCUCACCCUGGGCAGCCCCUCUGCCUCCAUGCUGCAGGUCGCCUGGGAAGCAAUGGGGCGAAGAGCAGAAGGCUACGUGGUGGAUGUCUAUGACACUGCCUCCAGCGCUCCUGUUGGGCACACGGUGCUGAGUGGGGAUGCCAGGAGUCACAUCUUCAGGAACCUGAGCCCUGGCAGCCACUACAGCGUGGCAGUGAAGGCCACAGCUGGACCCUUCCACGCCAGCACCCCCAACCUCACCCACUGCACACGCCCGCUGCCCCCGGCUGCUGUGCACUGGCUGAGCACGGGGCACCCUGACAGGCUGAGCGCAUCCUGGGGGGCUGCGGCUGGGGGGCGAGAUGGCUACACACUGACCCUGUACCACGCACGACUGGGCACUGUGGCAGCUACAGCCUCACUGGGGAGUGACACCCACAACUUCACCUUCACGGACCUGACCCCAGGAUAUGAGUACUCCCUGGAAGCCAGUGCCACGGCUGGACCAUACCAGGCAGCAGCACCCAACAUCAGUGGCUGGACACGCCCGCUGCCCCCAGCCACCGUGCGCUUGCUGAGCACGGGACACUCCGACAGGCUGAGCGCAUCCUGGGGAGCUGCAGCUGGGGGCCGAGACGGCUACACACUGACCCUGUACCACGCACGACUGGGCACCGUGGCAGCUACAGCCUCACUGGGGAGUGACACCCACAACUUCACCUUCAUGGGACUCGCCCCAGGAAGCAAGUAUAUGCUGGAGGUGGUGUCCAUGGCUGGGUCCUACAAGACACCUGUGGCGAAUGUCAGCAACUGGACGUACCCGCUGGCACCCCGUAAUGUGUACAUGACAAACCAGGGGUAUCCCAACAGGCUGAGUGCAUCCUGGCAAGCUGAACCCCAAGGACAAGACAGUUACAGGCUUCUUCUGUAUCACUCGGGAUCAGGUAUUGUGGCAGCCAAUGUAUCUGUUGGGAAAGGCACCAGCAAGUUCACCUUUUCUGGCCUGGCUCCAGGACACAAAUACCUGCUGGAAGUGGCAGCUGUGGCAGGGCCUUACACAGCCGCUGCAGGAAACAUCAGCGACUGGACAACCCCCUCAGUUCCCAAAAAUCUCUCUGCGGUGGCUGAAGGGAACAACACGAUGCUCGUCUCCUGGGGCAGCAUCUCUGGACAGCAGGACGACUGCCAGCUGUGGCUGCGGGAUCCCAGGAACAGCACGCUGCCCUGGCGACAUGCCCUCGGCAGAGGGCAAGUCCAGCACCUCCUGCAGGGGCUGAUCCCAGGGAGGAACUACUCUGUCUCCUUGAGCUGUGUGGCUGGGCCCUACUGGAGCAGCACCAAACCCUUGGCAGUGCCGAUGGAGCCAAACCCAGUGCAGGAUGUGCAAUGCCUACCAGAGUCAAGGAGCCUUUACUUAAACUGGACCAGCUCUCCUGGAGAUGUGGAGGUUUAUGAGGUGGUGACAGAGAGACUCUCUGAUGAUGGUCCUCCCACCUCCAAGUAUGUCAUGAGCAUCCCUAAAAGCGAGGCCAGUCUGGAGGGGCUGUGGCCAAACUCCUCCUACCGAAUUGUUGUGAGCACAGUGGGCACGAACACAAUGAGAAGCCAGGCUGUGACUCUGCUCUGCAACACAACAGUGGAGGCCCUGCCUCCACCCCUGCGAGCAGAUAUCUUCCAGGUGGAGGGCAGCUCCACAGUUGUCAUUCCAUCUGACCUGUUCAGCGAGGAGAAUGGCCAGAUUGAGUAUUACGGUGUCGUUGCUACCACUAAUGAUUCACUGCUGAGGCCCACCCAGGACAUCAUGUCCAGCACAUGGUAUGACCACUAUUAUGGGACAGAGGACUCCUACCUGGCUGUGCUAAUCCCCAAUCCCUUCCAUCUGAGCCCCAGGAGCUCCCCAGAAACCUGGCGAGUGCCAGUGGGAACAGAGGAGUGCGGCCAGUCCAGGGCAACAUGCAACGGGAAGCUGAAAGCCAACGAACAGUACAGGUUCAGCAUCGCUGCCUUCACCAAAUAUGACCCAGUAGCCCCUGCAGUGACGUUCACCAUGUUCUCAGCUGCUGGAUCUGGUGCAGAUGCAACUCCACUGUCAAUGCCAAUAAUCGCUGGAAUCAUCACGGGAUUUCUCUUGACACUUGUCACUAUUUUUGCUUUGGUCUACUGGAAACAGCUUAGAGCAAAGAGAACCACUAAGAGCAGCCUGCCUCAGGAAAUGGUGACCUACAGCUUGAGAAACGUGCAUCGGCCAAUUCCCAUACAGAACUUCAAGCAGUACUAUGAGAUGAAGACAGCAAGUGCUAACUACGCUUUUUUCCAGGAGUUUGAGGAGCUGAAGGAAGUUGGGAAGGAGCAGCCAAAGGUGGAGGCUGAGCUACCAGCAAACGUCUCCAAGAACAGAUAUCCCCACGUGCUGCCCUAUGAUCACUCUCGGGUCAAGCUGAGCCAGCUGCGGGAGGAGCCCCACUCAGACUACAUCAAUGCAAACUUCAUGCCUGGCUAUACAUCCCAGCAGGAGUUCAUUGCCACCCAGGGCCCCCUGAAGAAAACGAUAGAGGACUUUUGGAGGCUGGUGUGGGAGCAAAACAUCUGCAACAUCAUCAUGCUGACAGUGUGCAUGGAGAAUGGGCGGGUCCUCUGUGAUCAUUACUGGCCAUCCGAAUCGGCCCCAGUCUCCUAUGGGCAGGUCCAGGUCCACCUGCUGAUGCAGAGCAGCUCUGAGGAGUGGACCAUACGCGAGUUCAAACUGUGGCAUGAGGGUCUCCGGGCAGAGCGGCAUGUGUCCCACCUGCACUACACGGCGUGGCCCGACCACGGGAUCCCAGAGUCCACGACUUCGAUCAUGACCUUCAGAGAACUGGUCCGGGAGCACAUCCAGAGCACCAAGGACGCGGGGCCAACCCUCGUGCACUGCAGCGCUGGCGUGGGCCGCACCGGCACCUUCAUUGCCCUGGACCGGCUGCUGCAGCAGAUGAAGCAGGAGAAGGUGGUGGACAUCUUUGGUGUUGUUUACACCUUGCGGAUGAACCGUUACCUGAUGAUUCAGACACUGUCCCAGUAUAUUUUCCUGCACAGCUGUAUCCUGGACAAGAUCUUGGAGGAGCCGCUCGUGGGUUUAUCAGGGACAGAGAGGUCCUGCCGUAUCCCGCUGAAAAGCUUUGCUCAGCACUAUGCCCAGAAGGCAGCCAAGUCCCAUGUGGGCUUCCUGAGGGAGUACGAGACCCUCCUAGAGGUAGUCAAGGAAGAAGCCAGCUCUGCAACACCAUCUUCAGGCAACCAGCAGGCACGGCCCUCUUCCAGCAUCCUCCCAUAUGAUCGCUCCAGAGUGAAGUUUUCCCUGCUGGAACACGGCCCUUUCUCAGGUCUCCUGCAGGUGUGGCGUGUCCCGGGCUGCAGCUCCAGCAGGGAAUAUCUGGCUGUCCAGGGGCCUGACAAGUUGACCAUGGAGGACUUCUGGACCCUGGUGUGGGAACAGGACAUUCACACCAUCCUAACACUUCUCCCACGGCAGGAGAAGGUGGAGGUCCCAAGCGAGGAGUGCUGGCCGCUGGAAGGAGACUCUCUCUGCACAAAGAUGCUGACCAUCCAGUGUGGCACAGAGAAGCUUGUCUCCGGAUGGAGGUGUAUCCAGCUCAAAAUGAAACACGAGAAGAAAGCAAAGGAGAGGCAGGUACAACAGUUCCUAUACACGCUCUGGAGUCCCAAGAAGCAGCCAGAUGUCCAGAGCCUGGUGGAGCUCCUCACUGCUGUCAGACAGUGCAUGAGCCCCCGGAAGAGAGCCGGUCCUCUCCUGCUGCACUGCAGUGGUGGCAUGAGCCAAAUGGGGACGCUGAUCUCCCUGGAUUGCCUGUUGCACCAGAUGAAAGCGGAGAGAACCGUGGAUGUCUAUGGCGUGACCCUCCAGCUGACAAGAAGCUGCUGUCUCAUGACCCCGACUCUGGACCAGUACAUGUUCCUGUACACCUGCAUCCGGGACAUCAUUGCUCAGAAGCUGCCCUAACACAGCCCGGCCCUUGCUGGUGCUGUCCUGCCCUCCUCCUCUGCAGGGUCCUGUCUGGAGCCAGGAGCUCGCUGAGAGCACUGUGGGGGUCCUGGCACAGAGUGAGCCCUGCAGCAGUGGGGGAGCCUGUGCCAGCACUGUCACCAGCACACCCCGUGUGGUGUUAGCAGCCUCAUGGGGUCUCCUGAACAGAUGGGCAGCAUUGUCCUGCUAUGCACUGCUGCAGCCCCUCGGUGCAGACAUGGUGAGGGGCUGGGCAGGAUGUUCCCCUGCUUUGGCCACCUCCUGGGAUUCCUGGUGCCUGGAAGGUUUGUUGACGCUACUGGGGUGCAUAGUGCCAGCUGUGGGAGCUCUAUGCUGCCCUUGCCCCUCAGCACGGAAGGGGCAGCCCUGGGCUCACUCCUGGACAGCCCUGGCACCUACAGGCUGCUGAGGUCUGACAUGAGCACUGAGCACCAUGGGCUCCAUGCACCCGUCGGCACUGGGCAUGUUGGGGUCUCAGACACCACUGUGGGCACAGCAUGGUGGGAGCUGGCUUGUCUUGGCUGGUGGAUCAGUCUUAGGUACAAACAAUAAACAGCCCUAGAAAAGAG